UAAACAUACAUGAUAGUUUUCACGAGUUUAUCGGUUAUAAACUAGUGUUUGGGUAAAUUCAGUAAUUUAGGGCUUUUAUUUCAUUUUCCCUUUUCAAUAAACCAUUAAACCGGUUACCAGUAAAGCCUAUCAGCUGCGCCUCCUUCUCUUUCUGUUCACCGCCGUAGACAUUCCAGUUAAUCGCCGCCCGUUCUCCGAUUUGAGAUCUUUGAUUAAUUUUACCAGAUAUUGUGGCCUUAGGUACAUAAUAAGCAAAUACCAAAUGGUUUGUAAAGUAGUGAUGAGAAGAUGUUGGUGCUUAAAUCAGAUGUGAUGGCUUUCAUCGGAAGGUCAAAAAAGGGUCUGAAGUGAAAUUUGAUUUGCAAAUUACUAAAUAUACAGCAUAGAUGUCACAGCGAGGUGUUUGGCAGCUUCAGAAGUUGACAGUGAGCUACUGUAAUUGGGGUGGAAGUAGCAGGGGGAUUAGGGCAUUUAUGGAGUCGCAGUUGGCAGCAUUUAAAGAAAGCAAUCCUCAGCUAGAGGUGGUUACGGAGCUUAACCGUGGUCAACAUCCAUUUCUGAAGGGAGCAUACAAGAACAAGAAUGAGCGGGUUGUAUCUGUGAUGAACAUGAGUCCAGAAGACGUGCUGCUUUGUGCAACCAGGCUUAGGAAUUCACUUGGAAGAAAGGUGGUGAAGCUCAAGACCAGACAUGUCACCAAACACCCCAGUCUUCUCAACUCUAUCAUUCAUGCCUAUAAAGCAGACACUAUUUGUUUCUCAGAGACAGUUUUGGGUGCACAAAGCAAGACCAAACCAUUGGUUUUCUUUUCCCCUUUUUACUAAAAAACCCGAAACCAACCGGGUUUUUAAACUUCCAAAAACCAAUAUUUAUGCACCUCUAAGGGCGUGUUUCUAACUCCUUAUUGGCAUUUUGGAAAAGCCAAAAAUUUACGGCUUAGCUUUUUGGAGAAGCCAUUUUUUUAACUAAACACAAUUAGUCGAAUACCUUAUUGACUUUUUGAACUCUCAAACACCCACUAAAUACAAUUAGUGUUGAUCCUUGUAGUUGUGAAUUAAUUCGUAUGUGAAAUGGCCCAACCCAAGGCCUGGUGACAUAGGUCCUCUGAAAAACCCAACUAGGAGAAACUUAACCUUGCUUUAUUGAAGCACUCUACUAUUGGAAUUACAAUUCUUGUAAAUCCCAACUAAUCUAAAAUGAUUGAUGAUAUUAAAAUCAUCAUAUUUAUUUGUCAAAGCCAUGAUGUCCCUUUUCACAGUCACAGGUAUUGGAAAUUAAGUUGUUAUUUGAGGACCUCCUUCUCUCCCGUUGUUUUUAGAUUCAAAAAGGUGUUCUGAUUCUGAUUUUGAUCCCUACGUGUAUCCUGUCUGAAACAGCAGACACAAAUACACUUGUAUAAUAGUCGUUCAUCUAUUUUUUUUUUCAAAAAAACAAAAAACAAAACAAAACAAUUGAAUAAUCUUUUUCCGUACCCUUAAUCUUUCUUUCUC